AUGCCGCCGCCGCCGCCUGUGUUCUUCGUGUUACCUGCCCCAGACUUCCGCUGUUCCAGCAGCUCGCACCUGGACCAGCCGCCAAUACCCAGGUUCCCGCUGGCUGACGAUGAUUCUACGAGGAAGUGUGGUCAUUUAACAAGUCAGUGUAAAUUUGCUGAGCAAAAGACCACAAAACAGAUCAAUAGAACCAUAGAUUCAAAUGACGGCUCUAGCUCAAAUGAAGAAAGUGUACAUAAGACCACUGAAGUAGAACAAUUUGCAUUUCACAUUAAUUCUGUGAACAAAGAUGCCCAAGAACGUCUUAUGGCUCAGAUAGAAAUAAAUGGGAAACUCACACACAUGCAAAUAGUCACAGCUGCAGAUGUGACAAUAAUUUCUGAAAGAGUAGCACAAACUAUACCUAACCUAGUGAUAAGACCUUCAGACAAGGUGCUCAAAAGUUAUAAUGGUACAAACAUAGAAGUAGUUGGUUCAUCACAAGUGAAAGUUCAUUACAAAGAUCAAGAGAUAGAUUACAAAGAAGUAUUUGAAGACAGAGUAGGAACAGUAAAGAAUGCACAAGCAGUCUUAGUUUUAAAGGAGAAUGUUACUCCUAGAUUUUCUGCUCCAAGACCAGUUCCAUAUGCAUUGAAAACAGCUGUGGAAACUGAAAUUAGAAGGUUAGAAAGUGAAGGUUCAUGGGAAAAGGUAGAUUAUUCAGAUUGGUCUACACCAUUAGUUCCAAUUGUUAAGGACAACGGUCAAGUUAGAUUAUGUGGAGAUUACAAGGUGACAUUAAAUCCACAAUUGCAAGUAGCACAACAUCCAUCGCCAAAUCCUAAAGAUAUGUUCGCAACUUUGUCAGGAUGCUCAGUAUUUUCCAAGAUAGAUCUUAGACAAGCAUUUCAACAACUACCCAUGGAUGAAAAUUCCCAAAAGCUAUGUACUGUAAACACACAUUUAGGGCUGUAUCGUCCAAAAAGACUUCCCUAUGGUGUUGCUAGCAGUCCAGCAAUAUGGCAGCAAACAAUGGACAAAAUAUUUGCAGGUAUGUCAGGAGUAUUCAUUUUCAUUGAUGACAUAUUAGUCGCUGGCAAAAACAAAAAAGAACAUAGAGAAAGGUUACGUGCAGUUCUAAAGAAACUAAAAGAACACAAUAUCAAGGUCAACCAGAGUAAAUGUAUUUUAGAAGUUGACUCGGUAGAGUAUUUAGGCUUUAUUGUAAAUGGUAAAGGUAUUCAUAAGACUCAAGAUAAGGUAAAUGCAGUGCAGUCAGCAAAGUUACCGGAAAAUGUCAAGGAAUUGCAAUCAUUUUUGGGUUUAGUAACAUUCUAUGGUAGUUUCAUUCAAAACUUAGCAACAAUUGCUCACCCAUUAUACAAUUUGCUGAAAAAAGAUGUAAAAUGGAAUUGGACAAAGGAAUGUCAAAAUUCUUUUGAAAGAAUCAAAGCAGAAGUGACAUCACCCACAUUCUUAGUACAUUAUCAAAUGGAUUUGCCAGUAAAGUUGGUUUGUGAUGCCUCAAACAUAGGAUUAGGUGCAGUACUAGCACAUGUAAUGCCAGAUGGUACAGAAAAACCAAUAGCUUUUGCCUCUAGAGUAUUGAACAAAGCAGAGAGAAAUUACUCACGAAUAGAAAAGGAAGCAUUAGCACUAGUGUAUGGAGUGAAAAAGUUCUAUAUGAAUCUGUAUGGCAGGAAAAGGUUCACAUUAGUUACAGACCACAAACCAUUAUUGAUGAUUUUAGGUCCAAAGGCAAGUUUACCGACGUUAGUAGCUGCAAGACUACAACGUUGGGCAAUCAUAUUAGUGGCAUAUGAUUACAACAUAGAAUAUAGACCAACAUCUAAGAUGGGUAAUGCAGACGCUUUGUCGAGAUUGCCUGUAGACAAAGCACCAGAACAAUAUGAGGAAAGUAUUCUUUUGAUUUCUGCAUAUAAUUUACCUAUUACAGCUAAGGAAAUAGCACAAGGUACAAAGAAAGACUCAGUACUUUCAAAAGUAGUGCAGAGUCUAAUAACCAGCAGAGAUAUUUGUGCAGAAGAUGCCACUUGUAAACCAUACAAAGCAAUUUGGAAUGAAUUGAGUGUAACACAAGAAUGUAUUUUGAGAGGAUCAAGAGUAGUGAUUCCAAAUGCAUUAAGGAAUAGAGUUCUAUCAGAAAUACAUGCAGACCACCAAGGUAUUGUCAGAUCAAAGUCAAUUUCUAGAACUUAUGUUUGGUGGCCAGGUGUUGAUAGGGACAUUGAGAAUUCGUUUAAGAAGUGUAUGAAUUGUGCAUUGCAACAAAAUAAUCCAAAACCAACACGAAUGCACCCAUGGGAAUUACCCAGAUACCCGUGGCAACGUGUACAUGUAGAUUUUGCAGGUCCAUUUUUAGGAUACUCAUAUCUAAUAUUAGUAGAUGCAUAUAGUAAGUGGCCAGAAGUUAUACCAAUGCAAACAACUUCAUCGGUAGCAACUAUAAGAUCACUCAUGCAAAUCUUUGCAACGCAUGGUUUGCCAGAAAGAAUAGUGACAGACAAUGGCCCACAGUUUACUUCACAGGAGUGUAAGGAAUUUCUGAAUGUAAAUGGUAUACAACAUACAUUAUCAGCAACUUAUCAUCCAUCCACGAAUGGUGAAGCUGAAAGAUUUGUUCAAACUUUCAAACAUAAUAUGAAGUGUAGACAAGCCAAUUCUGGUAAUGUAGCAUCUCACAUCGCAAAGUUCUUAUUAUCCUAUAGAACAACCGUGCAUAAUACUGCGGGUGUAACACCAUCUUAUUUGUUGGUGGGGAGGAGGAUCAGGAAUAAGUUAGAUCUAAUGUAUCCAAGCUUGCAGAGUCAGUUAGAACAGAAAGGUUAUGAUUAA